ACAAAGUGUUUAUUUACGCUGGUGACAUCAAGGAAAUUAUUUACAAUGCUGAUUUUUGUUUAGAAAAAAAAUAUGACAAUUAAUAUUCUAAAUUUGAACUUGGGCUACAAGAUACAGAGCUGAAACGCUUAUUUCAGUAUGACCUCCGAAGAUACAGCUGCAGCUAUUGUUUUACCACUAAUAGAAGGGAAAUUGAUAUCAUCUCAGUCAGUGGGGAAUGAAAAUUGGGAAAAUACUUUGGAUACUAGUGUUAUAAAAAGACACACUACUGGAAGAGAACAAGAUAAAGCUAAGAGGGUGCCGUACUUAACCACAUGUAAGGAGUACUGCCUUCAGAAUGAUACAACAAACACAUUUUCUUUAACAAACAAAGAAGAAAUCAGGGAACCUUGUCGUAACAGUGGCGUCUUGGGAGAAAAUAACUGCAUAUCUCAUGCACUUGACUUUUUCAACAUUGACUGCAAAAUCCUUGAGAAACCUUGCAAACGUUACUUUCAUCUGAAUCAGUUUUAUAGGUCGUACAAUACAUUAAAAGAAAACAGUAUUUAUAUGGAACCAAGAAUUCCUGCUAUGCUGACAGAAAUUCAUUUUAAAAUAGAUACUCCGAAGGAAAGCAGGGCAUUAAAUAGUCAGUUAACAGUGAAUGAUCACUGCACAGAUGAGGCCAGUAGCAUUCCAGCAUUGCAUUUAAGCUACUCCACAGAGAAGAGAUUAUCAAGUGCAAUAUGUACCACAAAUAACAGCUAUAUUUUUGGCAACAGUUUGCAGACAGUAAGAAAAAAAUGUAAUGACACUUUAGGAACUUGCGCUUGUGAAUUGAAUGAGCCCUGUGAAAAUUGUAGCUAUGUGGAUGCACAGUCAUUUUGCUGUUGUGAAAAAGUUUGUCAUUUUAAUGUUAAAACUACAGUAAAUUUGGAAAACACACUGGCACUUCCAAGUAAUACUUUCCCUUGUAUCAUGUCUUCUAAGUCAUUGCAAAAGCAUCCUGAAGAGUCAAGUGAAAGUUGUGACGGAACAGAGAAUGAGUUUUCUAAAAGCAAAAAGGAUCGUUCAGCUUUACUUGUCAGAAGAUUCUGUAAAAACUAUAAAGAAGUGAAAAAGUCGGUUUAUACUGGAACAAAUACAAAUAUUAAAUCUUUACCUUCAGGCUACAUUGGAGCUGCAGUUUGUUGUUAUGCUCAGAAAAAGCCAGCUUUGCAAACUCUCUGGCUUACUAAGAAUUUAAUGGUAUGUUCUGUAUCAAUCAGAAGAAAAGCUCUCCUCUACUAUUUUGCAACGAGCAUAAUAUGCGAGAUAAACAAUGUAGGACUAUUUGAUGAAGAUACUGGUCACUUAUGUCUGUACGCACUAGAAAAACGUCUAAUUUCCGUUGGGGUCUGUCAAAAAAAGAGCAAUGACUCAUCUUUGAAACAAGAUGUUAACACUGGAUUUUGCGCUACUCUUUAUCGAACAGCUGUUUCUGACUUCAUAAGUGGAGCACUGCUGGAGGCAACGACGUCUCUGGGAGCACGGAGUGGUCUAUUGAACCCGUUCACCAGUUCGUUUGGAAGAACCAUGCUGAAGGAACGCCCGCUGGGUUCAACUAUGGCAUCAAAUAACUUACCACCGAAUGCAGCAGGGCUAAGUAAAGAGUUGGUUGACCUACAGUACCUUAUUCAAUUCCCAGAAGAGAUUGCAAGCAUUCUUACUACUCAAGAGCAGGAGAUUUAUAGAAGAGUUUUACCCAUAGACUACCUCUUCUUUUUGACCAAAGACCUGGGUAAUUCAGAAUGUGACUCUAAUCUUAGAGACAUUAAAACCUCCUUAUCUGCCUCUCUGUUAAAAUUGAAGAGUGAGGAACACAAUACUGUGGAAGAACUUGUGGCAAGAUUUAAUGAGGUUAGCUCUUGGGUGACAUGGCUGAUUCUAGCUGCAGGUUCCAUGGAGGAGAAACGUGAAGUCUUCUCACACUUAGUCCAUAUUGCUAAGUGCUGUUGGAACAUGGGCAAUUACAAUGCCGUGAUGGAAUUCCUGGCAGGACUCAGAUCAAGAAAAGUCUUAAAAAUGUGGCAAUUUAUGGAUCAGUCCGACAUUGAAACUAUGAGAAGCUUAAAAGAUGCUAUGGCCCAACACGAAUCAUCUUCAGAGUACAGAAAAGUGGUUAACAGAGCUUUGAAUAUACCUGGCUGUAAAGUGGUUCCGUUUUGUGGAGUUUUUUUAAAGGAACUUUGCGACGUUUUGGAUGGAGCAGCGAGUAUCAUCAGCCUUUGUCCACUUUACAAUUCUCAGAAUGAAACAUUAGAGUUUGUUUCAGAUUACAAUGGACAAGACAACUUUUUGCAGCGUGUGGGAAAAGAUGGAUUGAAUAACACCGAAAAAGAAUCUACAGUGAACAAUAUCCUGCAAACCAUUCGCAGUUGCAAUCGUAGCUUAGAAUCUGAGGAGGGCGAAGAUGGCUUCAGUGACGGCAACAUUUCAAGAAAAAACUCAGUAAUGGAUAGAAAUAGAUUUCAGUUUAUCAUGGGAGACCUUUCUGAUUCGGAAAGUGAUAUUUUUGAGCAGUCAAACGAUUGGGACUUGCAUGGAAAUGAAGAACAGCAGCAGGCAUUCAGCCAUGGCAUAGAACUUAUUCCCUGGUAUGUGUUAUCAAUAAGAGCUGAUGUCUACCAGUUUCUUCAGCAAGGAGUUACUGUCAUUCGUUAUGAUCAGGAGACGCACAUUUCAGUUCGCUGUUUUCUUCAACUUCAACCAGACAACAGUACAUUGACAUGGACAAAACCAUCCACAACAUGCCUUGCAAACACUAAAAAUAAACUGGGUGUCCUAGGUAGCAGUGCAGAGAUUAAAUUUCAAUUUCUUGCCAGUGCAGGAAUCAAUGGACUUGCUGACGGAUUCUUGGACUUGUUCUCAGUAAAGGCUGUUUACAUGGGACAUCCGGGCAUUGAUAUGCACACUGUGUGUGUUCAAAACAAACUCUGUAAUAUGAACCUGGAAGAAAAUGGAGUUACUUUACUUUUUGGACUUCAUACUACUGACAAUAAGUUGUUGCACUUUGUAGCUCCCAAGUAUACAGCCAAAACAUUGUACGAUGGAUUGCUGGAGCUAACCAAAGCAGUGAGGAAGAUUAAAAAAUUUCCUGAUCAGAGGUUGCAGUGGUUAAGGAAACAAUAUGUUAGUCUCUACCAGGAGGACAACAGAUUUGAAGGCCCAACCUUAGCACAAGCUGUUGAACUAUUUGGAGGCAGGCGCUGGAGUACAAGAAACACAGGCACUGGCACCUUAAUAAAAAACACUGAGAAACCUACUGUGCAGAGAAAUAAUACACUGGGGAUAAGUGGAACCAAGAAAAAGAAGAAAGUUCUUAUGAGGGGUGAAAGUGGAGAUGCGGCAGAUGAUGAAAUGGCUACUCGUAAAAGCAAAAAUUGCAAAGAAUGUAGAAGCAGAAGUGGUUCUGAUCCACCAGAAACUGAUGAGCAAGAGGAACAAGAUCAGAAUCUUGUGAGUGGUAUUACGUUAUCUAAUACACUUCCAUCACGAAGAGCCUAUUCAGUGUCUGCAUCUGGGUCGCCAAACCUGACCCCCGGAUCUACAGCACCAGCGAGACCGGCCUCUUCACCAGUCUUGUCCGGUUCAAACAAGCCACAGUGCAACAAUUGGAGUAGCUCGAGCUGGCACGGUCGAGUCAAGGGAGGAAUGAAGGGCUUUCAGUCAUUUAUGGUUUCUGAUAGCAGCAUGAACUUUAUUGAAUUUGUAGAACUUUUCAAGUCUUUCAGUGUACGAAGCCGCAAGGACCUCAAAGCUUUUGAUGUGUAUGCUGUAGCUUGUAACCGGCUGGGUACAGAAUCUAUCCCACUAUAUACCAAUCUUACAAUUGAUGAAAAUACCAGCGGUGUUCAGCCAGAUUUAGAUUUAUUGACCAGGAAUGUUUCAGAUUUGGGUCUAUUCAUUCGCAGUAGGCAGCAAUUGUCUGAAAACCAGAGGCAAAUCUCAGACGCUAUUGCUGCUGCCAGCAUUGUAACUAAUGGUACGGGAGUUGAGAGCACAUCUGGAAUUUUUGGAAUGGGAAUACAACAAUUUAAUGAUUUCUUGGUGAAUUGUCAAGGUGAACACUACACAUAUGAUGAAGUCCUCAGCAUUAUACAGAAAUUUGAACCAAGCAUCAGUAUGCGUCAGCAAGGUCUUAUGUCAUUUGAAGGCUUUGCAAGGUAUCUGAUGGAUAAAGACAAUUUUGCAUCAAGAAACGAUGAGUCUCAAAUAAAUGUUGAAGAACUUCAGUUUCCACUAUCUUAUUAUUUCAUAGAAUCUUCCCACAACACUUACUUACCUGGCCAUCAACUAAAAGGAGAAUCGUCCGUUGAGCUUUAUAGUCAGGUUCUCUUGCAAGGCUGCAGAAGUGUUGAAUUAGAUUGCUGGGAUGGAGAUGAUGGAAUGCCUAUUAUAUAUCAUGGUCAUACACUAACAACAAAAAUACCCUUUAAGGAUGUGAUUGAAGCAAUUGACCGUAAUGCAUUCAUUAAAUCUGAAAUGCCUAUUGUACUGUCUAUAGAGAACCACUGUUCAUUACCACAGCAGCGAAAAAUGGCAGACAUUUUAAGUGUCUUUGGUGAGAAAUUGGUCACAAAGUUUUUAUUUGAGAGUGAUUUCUCCGAUGAUCCUAUGCUCCCUUCACCUUGGCAAUUAAAGAAGAAAGUACUUCUGAAAAACAAGAAGCUCAAAGCCCACCAGACACCCGUGGAUAUUUUAAAGCAGAAAGCUCAUCAACUAGCAAACAUGCAAGCACAAGCCAGCAACGGCACUCAGGUACUAAACACCAGCGCCAACAACGAAGAGGAAGACGAUGAAGAAGAUGAGUAUGAUUAUGACUACGAAUCUCUUUCGAUGGAUAACAUUCUUGAUGACCGACCCGAACAUAAAAUAUGCAGCGAAAAACUACAAUUUGAAUAUAACGAGGAAACUCAGAGGAUCAAGAAGGCUGACAACAGUGUUGUUAACAGCAAAGGAAAGAUAUAUGACAUGGAAUUAGAUGAAGAAUUUUAUCUUCCACAAAAUAAAAAAGAAAGCAGACAAAUAGCACCCGAGCUUUCUGACCUUAUCAUAUACUGUCAGGCUGUAAAGUUUCCUGGCCUUUCAACGUUAAACCCAUAUGGAUCGGCCAGGGGAAAGGAAAGAAAAAGCAGGAAGUCCAUUUUUGGCAACAAUCCUGGUAGAACAAGCCCUGGGGAAUCAUCAACCCUUUCCAAAGCAUCUGGAAAAGGCACUGUUGAAAUGCGACCGAGCUGGGAAGAGCCGUGUUCACCUCCCUUUAACCCCAGCACUUCUCUUAGUGCUAUUAUCAGGACCCCAAGGUGCUAUCAUAUCUCAUCACUGAAUGAAAAUGCUGCCAAGCGUCUCUGUAGAAGAUAUUCACAAAGGCUUAUUCAGCAUACUGCCUAUCAGCUAUUAAGAACAUACCCAGCUGCUACACGCAUAGACUCGUCAAACCCACAUCCUCUAAUAUUUUGGCUCCAUGGCAUACAACUGGUUGCUCUAAACUACCAAACAGAUGAUCUCUCCCUGCAUUUGAAUUCAGCCAUGUUUGAAGAAAAUGGAGGUUGUGGAUAUGUCCUUAAACCACCUGUUUUAUGGGACAGGAGCUGUCCAUUAUACCAGUUAUUCUCUCCGUUGGAUCGAGAUGUAGAGAACAUGGAACCAGCUAUAUAUUCAUUAUCAAUUGUUUCUGGACAAAAUGUGUGUCCGAGUAAUAGUACAGGAAGUCCUUGUAUUGAAAUUGAUGUUCUUGGGAUGCCAGUGGACAGCUGCCAUUUUAGAACUAAACCAAUACAUAGAAACACAUUAAAUCCUAUGUGGAAUGAACAGUUCCUAUUCCGGGUUUACUUUGAAGACCUCGUUUUUCUCCGCUUUGCCGUGGUGGAGAACAACAGCUCUGCAGUGACCGCCCAAAGAAUCAUUCCUCUUAGGGCCCUAAAGAGAGGCUACAGACACCUUCAGCUACGCAAUUUGCAUAAUGAAUCGUUAGAGAUCUCUACUUUAUUUAUCAACAGUCGAAGAAUGGAGGAAAUUCCUACUGGAAGUUCUCUGCCAGCGUCUUUGUAUUUCAGUUCAGAAGAAAGAAGAGAAAUAAAUAUGUUUAAAGUCACGGUACAUGGAAUUCCUGGACCAGAACCAUUCAAUGUAUUUAAUGUUAAUUCGGGAACAACUGCAAAACAACUUCUUGACCAUAUUAUGGCUACUAAAAAGCAACAUGAAGCAAACCCCACAGACUAUUUUUUGAUGGAAGAAAAAUGCUUCAUAUCUAAAGAUAAAAAUGAGUGCAAGAAACUGCCAUUCCAGAGAGCUAUUGGUUCUGAGGAAGAUAUUCUUCAGAUUCUGAAUAGUUGGUUCCCAGAGGAAGGAUAUGUGGGAAGAAUCAUUCUUAAAACUCAAGAAGAAAAUUUGAAUGACAAGAAUAUAUAUCAAGAAGAGAAGGAGGAAAAGGAGUUAGCUGUUAAUUCAGAUGAUGAAAGUUUUUUUGUCCAAGUACAUGAUGUCUCUCCUGAACAACCACGUACUGUUAUUCGAGCAUUGCGAUUCAGUACUGCGCAGGAUGUUAUUCAACAGGCUCUCAGCAAAGCAAAAUAUUCGUACAGCAUAGUGAACAACCCCAACCCAAGCGAUUAUGUACUCUUGGAAGAAGUAAUCAAAGAACCAUCAAACAAGAAAUCAUCUGCCACUAAGACGUCCCAAAGAGUCCUUUCUGACCACGAAUGUGUGUACCAGGCUCAGAGCAAGUGGAAGGGAGCAGGGAAAUUUAUUCUUAAAUUAAAGGAGCAGGUUCAGACAGCAAGAGAGGACAAGCGAAAAGGUCUCUCCAUAGCCAAUGAACUUAAGAAGCUAGCAAAGUCAAGCAAGCAGUCUCGGAAUCUCCCAUCACCUCAGAUAAUUUCAACAGAAGGUACCCAGAAUAAAGAUGAAAAACCUGCAUGCAGUUUGCCCUUCAGUGACAUCAAUGAAUAGGAACUAUAAUUGUGUGCAGCAUAUUUCUUACAGAUACUGGUGUAAGUGCUAGGAUGUUAAAACUGAAACAGAAAAAUGAAGAAAACCCUUCUUGGUAUAGCAGAGUUUUGAACGCACAUCCAUCAUUCUGUAGGAGGUCUUCUGCCCUUUGGU